UGCAAUUUUAAAAUCUAUUAAACAAAAAGAUGGUUAUAAGAAACACAUGGUUUGUAUAAGGCCACUAUUCCGUGGGCCCCCUAUAAGUCUGCUUUAAACCUUUUAGCAUUAUAUGUAAAACAAAUUCUUUGACGGAGCUAUCCACAUUCCAACGGAUGGACCCGUUACAAAUACUCCACGGACAACUCGGGGCAACCCAAAGACUCCCCUGUCGCAAAAGGACAGGUUAGUUUUACAGAACCAGUGAUCUCAUUGGAUACAACGUAGGAGUACAUGCACAUCCAUAUGAUGAUUUUUGAUGUAAACUUGUAGGCCCAACGUAUAAUUAAUUUCGACUGUGAAAUUAAAGCGUGAUCGACGGUACAUCCGUCCGCGUGACCGACAGAAUAUCGACGCAGGCUCGAGGUCACUUUCUGGCGUAAUUAACGGACCCCGAUGUGUGACGUCAGAUUUUUACAACCAUACAUGAUCUGUCCUCUAUGGAACACAAUAUCAAGAAGACUGUCUGAGGUUGGGUGAAAGACCUCUUACGGAUUCUGAAGCUUGUUUUUGCCAUUGGAUGUUCACCAGACAAGAUGGAUGAGUUUUUUCUUACAAUUCUGAAAACUCUAAUUGGUAUUAUUGGUAUAUUAGGAAAUGGUCUUGUCUGUGUGGUUAUCGCUAAAGUACCGGCUAUGAGAACACUGACUAACGCAAUCAUCUUCAACCAGGCUGUAAUUGACUUCCUUGCUUCACUGUUCCUUGUUCUCCUCGGCAACAUCAAACCUCAGUUACCACAAAAUGACUCUUUUGGUGUUGUUCUGCAUUGCGUCAUGUGGGAUUCAUCUAUCCUAGUAUGGAUGUUUUUCACGGCCUCAACCUUCAACCUCGUUCUUCUCACUUUAGAGAGGUAUGUUGCGAUCAUGUACCCAUUUCAAUAUGUGACAUACUUCGGUAGAAAGCAAGUCACCAUCAUGCUGUUUGGAGUUUGGGUCCUGGCUAUUGGGUACAAAGCACAUAUCAUUGGUUACAAGCGAGUCGUUAAUGGUGAAUGUGAACGUAUCACUCUAUCACAGACUGCAUAUGUUGUCGAUGGUAUCUUUACAUUCCUCAUCGAAUACUUCAUCCCUCUUGUCAUUAUGACAUUUUGCUAUGUACGUAUUGCAAUUUACUUGAAGAGGAAAGCUACCACCGUUCAACCUGGUCUAGAACCAAACAACCAAGACGUAAACAGCAUGAGUGGUUCUUUAAUUCGCGCCCGACGUAACACACUUAAGACACUAUUCGUUGUCUUCGUCACCUACACCAUCUGCUGGACACCAAAUCAACUUGCGUUUUUUAUGUACAACUUUGGUCUUCACCUGGACUUGCAAGGAGCUUUCUACUUCAUUUCAGUGGUGUUAAUCCAGUUGAACUCGUGUAUAAAUCCCAUCAUCUACUCGUUCAAAUAUAAAAAGUUCCAGAGAGGCGUACGGGUCUUGUUUAGACCAUGUUUGCCAAGAAGACUGCUCGCAAGAACAACAGUUGAGGAUAGCAUCUCGGUAGUAACAUUUCGGACACGGAGGGAAGAAGAACCGACAGCCAGUCAGUAAAGUACGGAUCAGUUAACUCACUCGAGAUUGAUCGCUGUUCACAAACCUGUGAACAUUUUGGCUCAAUUGGUCAUCGAGGUUGCAAGAAAAUAAUGAAAGUGAAAAAACUAUUGUUGCUCAAAUCAAGGGUUGUGUGCGUUCAGAUGCAUGAGGCUUCAGACCUAAAGCCUUUCUCAGAUUCUAACUAGUGAGAAAUAAACUCCUUCUUGGUUCAGAAAGUCCAAGUUGUUUCUCACAAGGUUUUAUAUUAGUAAGGGCUAUCCAUUGGUCAGUAUACCAAGUAAGUUUGCAUGCUAUAUGUAUUUUCAGUAGAUACGCAUCCAGUGCCUUUUAAACUUACAGGCAUUGGACGCGUUUGAUUUUAUUUUUCAUGUGGUCUUACGUACACAUGUCCCAAAGUUGUAAUAACUUGGCCAAGUCUAUAUAUAUGUAAGAGCACCGUCCUCGGGAUAUGGUGUUUCUGAUCAGCUGAGUUUGGGUUCGAGUCCCGGUCAUGGCACCUGCGUCCUUAAGUGAAACUGGAAGGGUAUAACUCAUGCGGUGUUUCUGGGUCAUCAAGCACCCUUGUUGACAGGUUUCCCCGGUCAGGAACCUCAAACCCACAUACUCCUCCAGGAUAAUUGUUCUGGGUUCUUGUACGUUCAGUACCACUCCUAGUAGAGGGAAUUUUCUGCUUAAUUCCCCAUCCUAUAUAAUAAGGAGAAAACAAUCAUUGUAAAAUGUAUCUUGCUAAAGAACACCAAAUCAAAAACCGGGACUUGAACCCACACUCGGCUAAUCAAAAACACCUGAGCUCGAGUCCAUUGCUCUUU